AUGGCGGACGAACACGACGGCGCCACCGCGCGGCGCGACGAGAUAUCCUCCGCCGUCGUGGAGCACCUGCGCAGUGCCGUCCGACAGGCCAUGAAGGACCAAGAAACGGCGGAGGUGGUGGAGCUUCUCUGCGAAAACAGCGGCUGGACGGUGGAGGACUUUCUUCAGGCGCCGCACGAGCUCAAAGCGCUGGAGGUGUUUCUGCUGUCGACCCCCGAACUCCCGCAGCUGCGCCUGUUUCCGUACCUCACCGUCGUGAAAAUCAUCCACGUCGGACUGGAGAGCAUGCGGAGCCUCUCCUACCUGCACCACGUGGAGGAGCUCUGGCUGAAUGAAAACAACAUUCGCAGGAUCGAGGGGCUGCAUCAGAUGCAGCGACUUCGACGACUCUUUCUGCAGGGGAACCGGAUCGAGACUAUGAGUGACAUCCCGCAUCUCCCGCUGUUGCAGGAGCUGUGGCUGUGUGGAAACCAGCUACGCCACAUCACGGGGUUGAACCUGUUGCCGGCACUCACAUCGCUCUGGGUGGCGUCGAAUCGUAUUGCGACACUUGACAACGCCUUCACGGCCAGCAUGGCAAGCAUCGAGGAGCUGAAUCUGUCAAGCAACAGAAUUUACUUUUUGGGGCAACUCACGCAUUUAGGGGUCCUCAAGUCGCUGCGCAGGGUGUGGUUCAGCGAUCCAAUGUACGGAGAUGCCCCCAUUUGUCACCUGAGCAACUACACCACAUUUUCGCUGCGUCACCUGCUGCAACUGGAGCAGUUGGACGGCGUCGCCAUCACCGCGGAGCAGCGCUCCCUCGCGAUCUCUGUGUACGCAAAGAAGAGCAUUUAUUAUAGCAUGCGCCGGGCGAUUCUUGACAGGAAUGUUUCCAUUCUUCUUGCGCGGAUGCAACAAGAGGUCGAGGCGAAGCGCAAUGUGGUACGUAAGGCUCUGCGGCAAAUAAAUUUGGAGAUCACGGCGUUAAGUGAAGCUGCGCCCAACGGCUCCCCUGCAACCGGGGGAGCCACGGAGGAGGAACAGGGUCAUGUGUCCAAACUGCGACAGGCACGGGAUAGAGGCGAGGUUGAGCUGGAGGGUCUUGAGCGGCAGCUGUUGGAUGCGCAGGAGCGCACUGGGUUUGAGUACGACAGCCUGCAUGAGCGGCUGCUGCUGGAGCUCAAUUCGUGCGGUAACAUUCGCCUGGAGGAGGGGUCACCGGAGGAUGCCUGGUGCGCCAAUGCAAAGGAGUUAGUCGCCAGCCGGUUUGACGCAGCCCUCUACGAGAGUUUGGGGGUCACGGGUGUGAAGGUGAACCGAGUCUUUCGCAUCAUGUGCCAGGGCCUGCGGGAGCGCUUCGACAACCGAAUGCGGGAGCUUGACGUCGAUCUCGUAGACACCCGCAACCGUCGCGCGUUGGUGCGCCUCUUCAGUGCAGUGCCCAAAAACUUGACGGAGCAGCGGCGCUUUCUCCAUGAGGUGAUGAUCAACGGCUUCAGUGGCCUCUACGCGGAGGACGACGGGGUGCCGCUCACGAAUAGCCUGUACUACGCCGACCAGGAGCGUCUGAUGUUGACAAAGACGAAGCACCGCGACGUGUACGGUGUCCGGGUGCCCCUCGAAUCAUUCUCUGGGCAGCUGGUCGUGUCCCGGCUUUUCUUAGGGAAGUGCGUGUCCGAGAUGGGAGCCUCCCGCGAGCAGGAGGCCAACGGGGAGGUGCCGUUUAUGAAGAGUGAACGGCGCCGAUGCACACGGCGCCAGUACGGCGACGAGGUGUUCUCCAUCUACCGCGCUGCCCCGCACGACGCCUCGGUGAAGGUGUGGCACAUGUUUGAAAAGUCCCUGGUGUUGCCUGAGUACGUGAUCGACUUCACGUACACCACGAAGCUGCAUCGCCUUAAUAGCCCCUUGCUCUCUGUCUACGACGAUUUGGCCGCGCUCCGUGCACGCAUUGAGAAAAUUGUGCCGGAGGAGGCCCCAGAUAGCGCUACCGACAUACGGACGGUUGGGUACCCGUUGUUGUCCUUUUUACAGUGGCUGGACUCCGGCGCCCCGCACGUGUUUGCUAACGAAGAAACGGAUAAAAUGCUGCGCAGCGCCCAAGGGUUGCGUCAAACAAAGACGGUUGCAUUUCAGGUCAGUGGUAUUCUCACCAAUGAACUGAUUGAGGCCUACAAGAGUCAUGUGUCACCCGCAGCUGAAUCCCUCAUGGUGUUGUGUGACAUGUCGGGUCAGCAAAUCACAUGUAUUCCGGCAUCGCUUGCCACCACGAAGCUAUGGGCGUCGCUAACGCAUCUUUUUCUGCCGGACAAUAAAAUAUCCUCUAUAGCAUGGGAGUCGCUGGCGCUUGUGGCGCCAGCCCUAGAAAAGCUAGACCUCUGUAAUAACGUACUGAACAGUCUGGAUUUUGCCGCUGCCCAUUUUCCUGUGCUGCAUUGGCUCUGUCUGAGUUUCAACAGGCUUCAUGCGUUGGAGGACCUGCUUCCGCUUCGCGAGGGCCUGCCACGGUUGGAGUCCCUCGACAUGGAUCAUAACCCCUGGAUGGCGAACAAGCUGGCUGAGGUCUACUGUUUCGCUGUCUUGCCUCAGCUGCAGCAUCUGAAUGGGAUUUCGCCCUCACGACAUGCAUCGCUGCUGCGUCGCCAGAAACGCACCUUUGCGAUGGAUCAGGGGAUGCUGCAGUACAUUGUUGCGGAGGAGCGAAGGCGGCAGACGCAGGAUAAUGUGGGCGUCUUUAUGACCCAAACCGACCUGGACCAAAUGAGUAGUGAGGAUGUGGUUAAAAUUGUCUCCUUCGAGGCGGUGUUUGCGGAGCUCAUGGAGAAGACGGAAAAGGACCGCGCCUGCCUCGUCUCUGCCAACCGGGAUCCACCCGCGCCGCCGCUGAGGAGUGUCCGCAGCUUUUGUUUUCGCUUCAGCCUGAUGCGCGGCCUCGCGUGGCUGUCGCUGCUGCCCCAGCUGCGACACUUGUGUCUCCAGUCGCACGUGAUUGAGGACCUGUCCCCUUUGGCGGAGCUGCGGCACCUCCGGACGCUGAACGUGAGCGGGAACUUGGUGAAGACGGCCAAGCCCCUCGCCGGACUGCGGCUGCUCUCCUAG